CCCCCCCUCUCUCUACCGCCGCUCAGUGCCCACAUUCCCAUUCUCCAUUGCCAUCGCGUUCCAUCCAGUCAGCAGUUCCUGCAUUUCUCCCCGUCCUGCUCACGCCAACCUUCCAAGAAAAUCAUCGAGAACCCCAAAAGAGUUGCGACCUUUGCACGUUUCCUCAAUCCGAAUCCGCAACAAAGCGUUUAAUCCCGUGAUUCCCGAGGCUCCCGAACCAAGGAAAAAAAAGUCCAUCUUUGAAUCUUCCUUGGAUUAUAUUUUCUAAUUCUUUGGGUGUAGCAGAGCAGAGCAGCGAGGUGCACGGUUGCCUUCUUGGGGCCGAGUAAUGGGGAGGAGGUGGCACGCCGUUGCCGCCAUCGGCGUCGCGUUUGCGGCCGCCGCCGCGGCCGUCGCCGCGGACCGGGGGCUCUCGCUGUCGCUGGCCGGCGCCGUGGUGGCCCCGGAGGAGGAGAUGGGCCUGCUGCAGAAGGUCGCCAAUCUGAUGAGGAAGAUCGAUGGCAACUCGUACCAACACGUUUGGCCGCCAAUGGAAUUUGGAUGGCAAAUUAUUCUGGGUUCACUGAUCGGAUUCUUCGGCGCGGCAUUCGGGAGCGUUGGUGGCGUUGGUGGUGGCGGGAUCUUUGUGCCGAUGCUGACGCUGAUCAUUGGGUUUGAUGCGAAGUCGUCAACUGCGAUAUCAAAGUGUAUGAUCAUGGGAGCAUCUGUUUCGACAGUCUACUACAAUCUCAAGCUGAAACAUCCGACUUUGGACAUGCCGGUGAUCGAUUAUGACCUAGCAGUGCUCAUCCAGCCUAUGCUAAUGCUUGGGAUCAGCAUUGGUGUUAUUUUCAAUGUUAUAUUCCCUGACUGGCUGGUCACAGUUCUCCUGAUAAUCCUUUUCCUAGGCACAUCAACUAAAGCCUUUCUGAAGGGAGUUGAGACAUGGAAGAAAGAGACAAUAAUCAAAAGGGAGGAAGCAAAACGGUUGGAGCAAACAAGUGAGGAAGCACAAUAUGUACCACUCCCUACUGGACCAGGUGCGGGAGCUGACAAAAAAAUCCCUUCAGAUGAGGCGACAUCAAUUAUGAAGAACGUUCACUGGAAGGAGUUUGGUCUUCUUUCAUUUGUGUGGGUGUCGUUCCUUGUGCUUCAGAUCACAAAGAACUACACGGCUACUUGCUCCCCAUGGUACUGGGUCUUGAACCUUCUCCAGGUCCCAGUGUCAGUAGGAGUGACAAUGUACGAAGGGCUUGGGCUGAUGAGUGGGAAGAGGGUGUUAUCAUCGAAGGGAAGUGAACAAACUACCCUGAAAUUUCAUCAGGUAUUCAUAUACGGCCUAUUCGGUAUCGCUGCUGGACUCGUCGGUGGUCUGCUAGGUCUUGGAGGUGGCUUUAUUAUGGGGCCACUGUUCUUGGAGCUGGGCAUCCCUCCCCAGGUUUCAAGUGCCACUGCCACAUUUGCAAUGAUGUUCUCAUCUUCCAUGUCGGUUGCUGAAUACUACCUCUUGAGCCGGUUUCCUGUGCCUUACGCUAUUUAUUUCAUUAUUGUGACGUUCAUUGCUGCCAUCGUCGGCCAGCAGGUGGUGAGGAAGUUGAUCAACUGGUUAGGGCGGGCAUCACUUAUCAUCUUCAUAUUGGCUUUCAUGAUCUUCGUCAGCGCGAUUUCUCUUGGUGGGGUGGGCAUCUCAGACAUGAUUCACAAGAUUGAGCGACAUGAGUACAUGGGGUUCGAGGACCUUUGCAAGUACGAUGCAUAGGAAGCAAGCAGCUCUGAAGAUGUGAGUAACGUGAUGGGUGGUUCUCCAGUCCCCACAAGCGGAAGUUGAAAUUGAUUCAAGAAUCAAAGGGUUCGAUGAUUCGAUUUUUGGUGCAUGUAACUGAAGGGAUUCCAAUUGUGAGACAGCUCGGAAGGGAGGCUAGCUUGCAUAGAUUUGGAAUCGGUGAAUUUUGGACCAUGUUUUCAGCCGUUUCUGAUUUCCAGUUCAAGUCAGUUCAGUGUGUAUUGCUAUCGCUUUGUACGGAUUUUCCUGGCAAAUGUAGAGCUGGUUGCCAGCGCAGAAUGUCAUCUUACUACCUAGA